UUAGAUUUUGCAUUAUACUAAUUAUAAUAAAUAAUAUAAAAACUCUGAAAAAAAGGAAAGAAAAGAAACUCCUUGAUUAAUGUAAUGGCAGAUUACAAUAGGUAUACAUUACUGUAACCAUGAAAUAUCAUUGAACUAUAGAAGAAGUAAACUUUCAGAUGAUUCAUAAUUCAUACUGAUGUGAUAGUUACUUGUUUUAAAAUAAAAAUUAGCGCCAUUCAAUUAUUAAAAUUAAACAUAUUAGUUCAAAAUGAAAGUACGUAAAUAAUUAUUGUUACAAGCUAGACAAUAGGAAAAGAAGAAGAAACGAUUGUGAUAUGUAAAUGGAAAUCCUUUUAUACUUAUAAAUACAUAAUAAUGGAAAAAGAAAGAUUUACUAUGCUCUUGUUAGAGCCUGGAGAAAUAUUUUUUGAAGAUUAUAGUGUACAGAUGAGAGCGGUAAAAUCUUCUUUUCCAAAACAAAAAGAAUGGAUUGACGGAAGAUUGAAACUUUGUUCCAAGUCUUUAGUUUUUGUUAAUAAAGAUUUUAUUCAACCUUUGAUCAAAAUACAACUUAAAGAAAUCACAACUGUUGAGCAGGAUAAUUCAGAAGAUAAUAUAGAAACACCCACUAAUAUGUUAAAUAUUAAAUGUAAACAGUACGUGGAGAUGUUAGAGAAAAAUGUUCUUGCCCCAUAUAAAUUUAUCCAUAAAAAUGCAAUGUUUCAAUUUUGUUUCAAUUAUGCUAAAGUAGAAAAUUGUCUUCCUCAAAUAUUGCAAUUGCAUCGUGCUGCUACUUUGCCAACGGCUGAACAAAACGCAAUGAUAAUGACUAUAGUUCACUCCAGACAAUCUCGUGUAUCCUUCGAUACAUCUUGGUUAGAAGAUUUGUAUGAAACGGUUGUGUUAGAAAUUCAAGCUAAUAAAGUAUUACCACUCGUUAUUAAUCCAGGCAAGGUAUUAUUAACUACAUCUAGAUUAUAUUUUCAACCUUAUAAUAAUAUGGAUCAGCAUCCUGUUUUAAAAAUACAAUUGAAAGAUAUAAGUAGUAUUAUUCAAAGAAGAUUUCUUUUGAGACAAGUCGGCCUUGAAAUAAAAUGGCAGAAGCAAGCUGAUAGCAAAAUCGAAUACUUGUACCUUUCUUUAAAUAAUCAAAAUGAUAGAGAUGAACUUUAUAAAAAAUUAUUAGAUCAAUCUGCUGUAUCUCUGGAAACUGUUCCUCAAAAUCAAAUGACGAUGAGAUGGCAAAAUGGCUCUCUGUCAAAUUAUGAUUACCUUUUGUAUAUUAAUAGUUUGGCAGACAGAACUUUCCAUGAUUUGACUCAAUAUCCUGUAAUACCAUGGAUACUAAAAGAUUACACAUCAGCAACAUUGGAUUUAAACAACCCUGAUAUUUAUAGAGAUCUUUCUAAACCUAUCGGCGCUCUUGAACCUACUAGAUUAGAACGAUUGAAGGAACGUUACUCAGAAAUGGCAGAACAAAAAUUUCUUUACGGAUCUCAUUACAGUACGCCGGGUUUUGUAUUAUUUUACCUAGUGAGAAAGUAUCCUCAAUAUAUGCUUUGUCUUCAAAAUGGAAGAUUUGAUCAUCCUGAUAGAAUGUUUAACAGUGUAGCUGACGUAUGGAAAAAUGUUUUGGUGAACAUGUCUGACUUUAAAGAAUUGAUCCCAGAAUUUUAUGACACAAACAAUGGUGGUGAUUUUUUAGUAAAUAGUUAUGGCAUUGAUUUUGGUUAUCGACACGAUGGUACUAAAAUCGGUGAUGUGCAGCUGCCACCUUGGGCAGAAGGACCUUCAGAUUUUAUCCAGAAAUUAAGAAAUGCUUUAGAAAGCGAUUACGUUUCAAAGAAUUUAAAUCAUUGGAUAGAUUUGAUCUUUGGAUACAAGCAAAAAGGAAUUGAAGCAAUAAAAGCUGAUAAUGUAUUUUUUCACCUGUGUUACGAGGGUGCAGUUGAUUUAGAUACGAUUCGAGAUAUUAAUGAUCGACACGGAUAUGAAGUACAAAUAAUGGAAUUUGGACAAAUUCCUAAACAAAUUUUUACUCUACCUCAUCCUAAAAGAUUAGUACCGGUUAUAGAUGCGUUACAUAUUUCAAUGUUAACUAUUUCAAACACGACAGACACGGAUGACAAGUCUCUCACAAAAAGUUCGAUAAAUCUAUCCGAAUUUCUAACAUUUCAAUCACAUAAGGACGGAGUAAGCUGUAUUAUAGUAAUUAAUAAAGGAACAUAUGAUGAAAUAUUAUCUGUAGGUCAUGAUGGUAUGUUUAAAUUAUAUUCCAUUAAAGACAAAAAACCAACACGAAGUGUUCCUUUAUCAUCUCUGCCACUUUCAUCCUGUAUAUCAUAUUAUACAGCAUCGUCUCAUAAUAUACUCGUUGUUGGAUCAUGGGACAAUUCACUAAUAUUUUAUGAUAUAGAAUUUGGUAAAACGAUUGAUACAUUACGAGCUCAUGAAGAUGCAAUUUCUUGUUUGGCAUGGAGUCCUUCACGACAAAUUGUUAUUUCUGGAUCGUGGGAUUGUACUGCCAAGGUUUGGCAGAGUUACGUUUCUGGAUCAAAAAUUAAACCAUCAGAAUAUUUUAUAGCUCAACUAGAUCAUGAUUCAAAAAUAACGUGCAUGGACAUAUCCAGCAAUGAAAUGUUAUUAGUAUCUGGUACAGAAGAUGGAGAAUUAUUUUUGUGGAGUAUGGAGAAUUAUAGUUUACAAUUUACCGUUAAAAGUCACACUGGAAAAGUAAAUGCAAUGACGUUUGAUCCUGAAUGCAAGAGCAUUGUUACUUGCGGAGAAGAUCGAGCAUUGAACAUCGUUGAUAUUCAAACAAGUACACAGAUUUAUCAUACAACUUUGGAACACGAAGCGCUAUCAUUGAAAUGGAUCAGAAUGUUAUUGUUAAUAGGAGACAGUGCUGGAAAUGUCAGUUUAUGGAAUUUUCCAGAAGCUGUUUUUCUAUCAAAAAUCCAUUGUCAUGACGGACCAAUUUUCACAAUAGCGAUAACUACUAACAAUAAUAUGGUUAUAACAGGUGGAAAAGAUAGAAAAGUUUUAGUUUGGGAAUGUAAAAAGGAGUGAUGAGUAAUUUGCCUAUUAUAAAUAUUGCAAAUAAAAAAAAGUAAAAAAGAAAAAGAGAAAAAAUGUAAUUUUUUUUGAAA